GGACAAACACAGUACAUAGCUGAUAGCGCCCUUUGUAAAGCCCCGUGAAGCGAGGAGGUUUCUGUGUUGACUUGGGCUGUUCAUAGAAUUGAUAUUGAAAAGCAGCUUCCUCUUCAACAUGACCAAGUCUGGACAAGAUCUAAAGACCUAAUUAUUGGUGGACCGACACCACAGUACGUUCGAGCUUUGAGCUUUGGGGCCUUGGGCUUUGAUUGAGCCUUGAGCUUUGACUUUGGUUCCAUUCCCCCAGCGUCGGGUCAAACCCCCCUACUAACCUUGGCCACAUGAAACAACUAUCAGAGACCUCGGUGCAUGGCCUUAUUGCUCCUUUCUUCACUUUCCUUCUGUGAUUUCCGUCGGGCAUAUACUGUCGUUCAUCUAACAGACGAUCUAUCUGACUCAGAGGACCACCCUACCUGCCAAACCUCCCCGACUGAAACCGUUGCGCCUGUCCAACAGAUCCUGGCAAGCCAUGGCGGCAGCUCCAGCCAAGCAGUCGUACUCGACCGACCCGGCGCUUUACAUAUACACCUCGCUUACAGCUGGCUCUUCACACAUCGUGACAGCAACCUCGCGGCUGGAAACAAUCCUCAAGGCGAAUCGCGUGCCAUUCAAGGCCAUCGACUUGGCCACAGAUGAGAAGGCUCGCAUGCUGUGGGGCCGACGGGCAGGCAAAGAUGAGGGCGGCCGUGUGAGAAAGCUGCCCGCGCUGGUGCAGAUGGGCCUGGUGCUGGGUGACCUCGUCGAGAUCGAAGACUGGAACGAGUACGGCGAGCUGAAACAGCACGUCAAAAUCUACUACGAUGAGUUCACGAUACCCGCCAAGGGCGCCGCGCAGAUCCCCAACCCGCUCAAGAGGCCCAUCUACGGAAACUCAGUAGCAGCCUCUGCUAGCAAACCCGCCGCAUCCGGCUCUACAUCCACGACUCCCAAACCCAUACCCGCGGCGCCGCCGCUUCCUGGCAAGAAGGAGAACCAACCGGCAACCAAUAAAACAGAAGGGGCUAAAAAGUCUCCCGCGGCCGCUGUGGUCGCGCCCACCAAGAGCAUCGCCGAGGAGGCUGCGCAGAAGGCCAAGCAAGUCCGCCUGGACACUCUUAGGAAGGCCGUCCAGAGCGACAAGGAUAAGGCUGCCGCUGCUGCUGCCUCCAAGGACACCGAGAGCAACGAGAAGAAGACGCCAACGUCCACGGCUAAGCCUGCUGCUACUACCACUACUACUAGUCCUCCUAUUACCACUACCACGGCCACGGCCAAGGAAAUACCGGCCGAUUCUGGAGCAUCUGCCGCUGGUCUGCAAUCGCCUACCUCGGGACGCUGGGCGACGAAUCCUAUAGAGGAUAGUCUAGGCAAUGUGUUGCAGAGCCCCACAUCUGGCACGUGGAAAUCGGGGAGCUCUGAUGUUUCCUUGCCCAUAAGGGAGCACAGGGGUUCUUCCGUGGUGGAAGCUUCCAAGGAGGAAAUUGCUGCCAUUGAGAAGUCAGAAGCCAUUCCCGAGGCCGCUGUUGAAGAUUCAGAUGACGAGGAAGAGGAAGAAGAGGAAGAUAGCGAGGACGAGGACGAGGAUGAGGAUGAGGAUGAGGAUGAUAGUGAAGACGAGGAAGAGCAGCCGAAGAAGGCGGCGAAGAAAUAAUGGCCUGAUAGUAGGUGACUAUGUAUGGAGGUCAUAACAGCCGUUUGAGCCUAGAUCCUGAACAAAUCUGUUGUGGCAAAAGGCUGUCGGUUUGACCACCCAUAAUACGUUGUACAACGCAGCUUGCGUCGCUUUGUUACUAAAUGAUAGUCAUCGGCAGAUCAUGAUAUCUUACA